AUGGUCUCUCCAAAGAGCGCUGCAGACUCGUUGGCGUACGAUACGAUGCUCCUAUUCUGGCGUAUCGUUACAAACAUCUUCUUUCGCGAAAUUCGCCCAAGAGGCGCGUUCAAUAUCCCGCGCGAAGGCCCAGUUAUCUUUGUCGCUGGACCACACGCAAACCAGUUUCUGGACCCCUUGUUGCUCAUGUCCGAGGCCUACCGAGACGCUGGCCGUAGAGUCUCCUUUCUCAUUGCUGCAAAAAGCAUGAAGCGCAAAGCAGUUGGGCUCUUUGCAAGUCUCAUGGCCAGCAUUCCUGUCGCCAGAGCAGCCGACGAUGCGAAGCCUGGCAGAGGACUCGUCUACAUCACGGCAGAGAAUCCCACGACCGUCUAUGGUAUUGGUACUCAAUUUACCAAAGAUUUCAAGCCCAAGAUGCAGGUCAUGCUCGGUAAAUCACUCAACUCGGCAUCCGCCGAAGUCGUCGAGGUCAUCUCCGACACAGAAAUGAAGCUCAAGAAGGAGUUUGGGGCGAGAGUGGCAAAGGAACGACCAAAUUCCUCGAAAUUCUACAAGAGAAACAAGUCAAGGGCCUGGAAUACAAAGUCGUGCCAUACAUCGACCAAGGACAGAUGUACGCCGCAGUAUACGAGAAGCUCAAGCAAGGACAAUGCAUCGGAAUAUUCCCAGAGGGUCAGUUCUCCUCGCCCAUGCUUCCUCACUAUUGAACUUUCGACAGGCGGAAGUCACGACCGAACUGAUUUCCUGCCUUUCAAGGCUGGUGUAGCCAUCAUGGCACUUGGUGCAAUGGCGGCAAACCCUGGUCUCCAAGUCAAGAUUGUUCCAGUCGGGUUGUCCUACUUCCAUCCGGAUCGGUUCAGGUCGCGUGCAGUCGUCGAGUUUGGCAAGAGCAUCGACGUGCCACCAGAGCUUGUUGAGCAGUUCAAGUCUGGUGGACCUGCCAAACGUGACGCAUCUGGAAAGCUGUUGGAAGUAAUUUACGAUGCACUCAAGACAGUUACCGUGCGCGCACCGGAUUAUGAUACGUUGAUGGUCAUCCAAGCUGCGCGACGUCUGUACAAGGCCCCUGGUCAACAUCUCAGCCUGGGCCAGGUCGUUGAACUCAACAAGCGAUUCAUCGCCGGCUACCUACACUUUAAAGACGAACCUCGCGUGAAGCAGCUCCGGGAAAACGUCGUCAAAUAUAAUCGUCUGGUUCGAGACCUCGGCCUGCGCGACCAUCAGGUUAGCCAAGCGAGGCGCGCAUAUUGGAAAACCCUUGGCCUCCUCCUUUAUCGUACCAUUCUCCUCGUUAUAUGGUCCGUUUUUGCUCUUCCGGGAGUCAUUCUCAACGGUCCAAUCUUCCUGCUUGCGACUAUCAUCUCUAAACAAAAGGCGAAGGAAGCAUUAGCUGCAUCAAAUGUUAAAGUUGCUGGUCGAGACGUUCUCGCCACGUGGAAAGUACUCAUUUCCUUGGGGGCUGCACCAGUGUUGUAUUCGUUCUAUGCUUUCCUGGCCACACUUGUGGCCAUCAAGGCAAACGCACCAAUGAAGUGGCGCAUUUGGACUCCAUUCUUGACAAUGGGUAUACUGCCCGUAUUGGGUUAUUUCGCACUCAAGUUUGGGGAAGCUGGAAUUGAUGUUCUAAAAUCCCUGCGACCGCUUGUCAUCUCGCUCAUACCCGGUCAAGAAAGACAGCUUGAGAAGCUCAAGAGAAUGCGAAUGGCUUUGCAGAAGGAGGUUGCAGAAACGAUUGAAGAGUUUGGUCCAAAGUUGUACGAAGACUUUGACGAGUGGCGUAUGCUCCCACCAACCGCCAGCGUACCAGCAUCAGGAGAGACGAUGGGUUUGUAUCGACGCAAGGUCCAUACCGGCACCAUUGAUAGUCAAGGCAGCCUUCUCGUUCAUCCCAUGACCUGGCUUGAUGAACGUCUGUUUGGUUGGAGUCGUUCGGCACGGCGCGGCACUAGUGCAUGGGGAGGCGCAGUCUCCAGCUCCACCAGCAGGGUUGCGACUCCAGAUGCCUCGGAUGAUGAGGAUCACGGGGACUACGACAAUGUUCUUGGCUAUCUACCAUCCAUCGUCGGCGACGCAGUUCACGGCCUCGGCUUGUCACGCUCCAAGACUCCAAGGAGCUUGCGUGGAUCGUUUGCGGACUUGCCCUCUGUUCGUCGUGCCGAAGAAGACCGGGCUCGGUACGGUGAUGGUGUGCGCACACCCAAACGCUCGCAGCCACCUUCGCCAAUGUUGACGACUCGUCAACUGUCAUCAACCAAUGUCGGGAAACGAAUUCCCUCGCACGCCAAUUUGACGGUCAGCUUUGAUGUACCCCAUGAUCGCAACGGCAGCGCUGGUAGUAGUCCCACUUCACCCAACCUCAGCCCUCGGUCCGGUCGACCUCGGCAAAGGAGGAUGUCACUCGAAGACUCAGUGCCGGUGGAGAGAAUUGGUCAAAUCGAUCGGAAGGAACCGUUUGACGAGGCGACGGACGAGCUUAACAAGGAGAUUGCAGAAAAGAGAAGAUCGCAAGGACUUGACUAA